AUGAGCUCCAUGACGAUGUUCAUCUCCGACCUGCCUUCAAAAGUCGUUCCAGGUCGCGCCAUUAUUCAGGGCGAAGAAGGCGAAGCUAUUGCCUCUUACCUUAUAAACAACACUUUCGUGGCGUCAAAUCCAACGGGCCUUGCUUUUGCUGGAGUCAUUCCUCUAAGCAUUGCGAGUAUUGAAGCUCUUCAAGCCAAUCCGACAAGAUUUAUUGUUCGUCUGGAGACAGGACAAGAGGAUAAUUUCGCAGGUGGAAUAAUGCUACCUUCACAAGCUGCACAACUUCUACCAUCCAUACUACUCCCAGACGCUUUGCUCUUGGCGGACCCAAGCCUCUACUCAUCCCUCGCCAUAUCCUUCAACUUCUAUGCACGAGGGGCGGUGAACAUAACUUGGCAUUUCAAGCUAUGGUUGCUGGAGAUGAAGGCAGUGAUGCAGAGGUUUCAACUACCCUGA